GCUGUCGGUGCCGCCGCCCAGUAGAGACUCCCAGCCCCGUGGAUCGACCACAACGGUUCCGCCAAAAAAGACAUCGAGUGAGCGCAAGCGACGGAGAUUGUAGCUUUUGUUUCAAACCAGUAUCUCACGUUGUCGUUUUCGGGUUUUAAUGCUUUAGCUAUAGUCGCCGAGAGAGGCAGAGUGUGAGAGAGAGAGAGAGGGAGAGAGAGGGUGUAAGAGAGCUAGACAAGCUUAGAGAGGGACAGGGAAGAAAUACAGAGAAAAAAGGAUUGCUCGUAUUUCGCACCUCGCCUGUUUUGGAAAUACAUAAGGGUUGUCUAGCCAUGGGAUGUACACUGAGCGCCGAGGAGAGAGCGGCUCUGGACAGGAGCAAAGCUAUCGAGAAAAACCUGAAAGAAGACGGAAUCACUGCCGCUAAGGAUGUGAAAUUACUUCUCCUAGGAGCCGGGGAAUCCGGCAAAAGUACCAUCGUGAAACAGAUGAAGAUUAUCCAUGAAGAUGGUUUCUCUGGGGAUGAUGUGAAGCAGUAUAAGCCUGUGGUCUACAGUAACACCAUCCAGUCUCUGGCUGCAAUUGUUCGUGCCAUGGAUACUCUGGGCCUGGAGUAUGGUGACAAGGAACGCAAGGCGGAUGCUAAGAUGGUGUGUGAUGUGGUGAGUCGUAUGGAGGACACUGAGCCUUACUCCCCUGAGCUCCUGAGUGCUAUGAUUCGUCUAUGGUCUGACUCUGGUAUCCAGGAGUGUUUCAGCCGUGCCCGCGAGUACCAGCUUAACGACUCCGCCCAAUACUACCUAGACAGUUUAGAUCGGAUCGGCGCUGCAGAUUACCAGCCCACAGAGCAAGACAUUCUGAGAACUCGAGUGAAGACCACCGGGAUUGUAGAAACCCACUUCACCUUCAAGAACCUGCACUUCAGGCUGUUUGAUGUGGGAGGUCAGAGGUCGGAGAGGAAGAAAUGGAUCCAUUGCUUUGAGGACGUGACAGCCAUUAUCUUUUGUGUGGCUCUGAGUGGAUAUGACCAGGUCCUGCAUGAAGACGAGACCACGAACCGAAUGCAUGAAUCCUUGAAGCUGUUCGACAGUAUCUGUAACAACAAAUGGUUCACAAACACAUCCAUCAUUCUUUUUCUCAACAAGAAGGACAUUUUUGAGGCGAAAAUAAAGAAAUCACCUCUAAGUAUCUGCUUCCCAGAGUACCCAGGUCCGGACUCGUUCAUGGAAGGUGUGGCCUACAUUCAGUCCCAGUAUGAGAGUAAAAACGAGUCUCUCCACAAGCAGAUAUACGCCCACACCACCUGCGCCACAGACACCAACAACAUCCAGUUUGUGUUUGACGCCGUCACUGACGUUAUCAUCGCUAACAACCUCCGUUUCUGUGGCCUGUACUGAGACUCCCCUCAACGGAAUAACAACAGUUCUGUUCUUAGAUAAACAGGCUUUAGCAGAUACAGAUGUCUGUCUCUCUCUCUUUGGACAGCGACCUCUCUAACCCUGGAAGUCCUCACACUCCUCUCUCAGUGCCCUCCUCUUGUCAGAACAGCUAAUCUCUCAAACACGCCCAACUUUAGCCAGAGAGCUAGCUCUUGCUUUCUCUCAGCUGUAGUUCUCACAAAUUUUUUUUUUUUCUCAGUCAUCAGAGGGAAAAGGGAAGGCCCGAGCUCAAAUAUUGAUUAUCUGGUGACAGUUGAAGUAUAACGAUGGUAGAUGCUCUCCCUCUGUGCCGUUCACUGGGCAGCAGGGUAUGGCUGCUCGCUGACCUGAAUGAGAGAGCAGAAUCUUGAUAAAAAUUCAAAUCCCAAUUUCAUUUCAUCCCCUCCCUCCUUCACACCUUUUUUCCAUUCAUCAAUUCAUGUUUUCCUCCAUUACCUCACCCGGAAUACGUUACCUCUUAAAUGCCAUAGUUACCCCAGUUUAGAAAAAUUCACAGCCAGUAACCAGAUAGAAAUGUCAGCUAUUCAAGGCUGAAGUAUUCGAGUAAUGAGGAAUUCUCCAUGAUGUAUACAUAUACCUGUUUGAUAUUCAUGUGCCAGUGUGCGUAUAGACAUUGAGGCCACGGAAGGAGCUUAUGUAGCACUUAUUUACACUGAAGUACUCUGGAAAUAGUUAGAAAAUGAUCUUUAAACAUGUCACAGUCAUUAACCUUUCUUCUCAAAGUUAUACCAUGAAUUCCAUCGAGCAUAAAUCUACCCAGACUAUUAGGUUUAAAAUGAUACUAAAACCAAAACAAAACUGCUGCAGCAGAUUGUACCUUUUGUUCUUUGUAUUAUAUGUAUUUCCAAGUAGCGUAAUAGUGUGGGUGGCAUUUAGAUGGCAUUAUGUGUUAGAGCUAAUGUCUAAUGCCUUAAGAUUGCUGCUGAAGUUUUACCCAAGUUUUUUUUAAUCACAUUGCAACGAGAAACGAAAUUCUGCCAAAACCACCAACAUCAACAUUCCAACAGAACAUUCUAUUAACAACAUUCCAACAGAAAUUUCUAACAGAGGCUUGCCAGUUAAUUUCAGUUGUUGCUGAAUUUUGGAUUCAACAAUGUAAUAAUUCAAAAAAC